AGAGGUCUAAAAUCCAAUUCAAUUUUUGAAGGAAUGAACAACUGUACCUCCGGGGACCCCUUGUUGAUUUUCGAUCUCCUCAGAUCUGCUCUGGAAUCCACACCAUAUGCCUCCGAUCUGAAUAGUCAAUAUGGGAGGAGGGUUCAGAGUACUGCAUCUGGUUAGACCAUUUCUUUCAUUUCUGCUCAAGUUUAGAGUGCUGACAGAAAAUUCCUUUUAGAGAGAAGGUCAUCUGCACCGUCGUCUCCCUCUUCAUCUUUUUGGUGUGCGUCACUUCCACUAUAUGGAAUACACUCUCUGACAGUGCUGAUCCUUUCUAUUGGAUGCGUGUUAUCCUUGCAUCAAACCGUGGAACUGUUAUGGAACUUGGUAUUACCCCCAUUGUGACAUCUGGAUUGGUGAUGCAACUCCUGGCUGGUUCAAAAAUCAUCGAGGUGGACAACAGUGUUCGUGAGGAUCGAGCACUCUUAUUGGAAAAAGUAGAAUUCGGAUUUGGAUCGGGGAGAAAAUCAAAAUGGUCGACUAGUCGUCUCGUUCCGAUUAUCGUCUUCCGAGACACUGGAAAUGUAUCCAGGCUAAAGUCCCACAGGCUUCGUGCUGGAAAUAUAUCCGGGCCAAAGUCCCGCAAGCUUCGUGCUGGAAAUGUAUCCGGGCUAAAGUCCCGCAGGCUUCGUGCUGAAAAUGUAUCCGGGCCAAAGUCCUGCAGGCUUCGUGCUGGAAAUGUAUCCGGGCUAAAGUCCCGCAGGCUUCGUGCUGGAAAUGUAUCCGGGCCAAAGUCCCGCAGGCUUCGUGCGGGAAAUCUAUCCAGGUUAAAGUACCGCAGGCUUUGUACUGGUAAUAUAAUUUCGGGUUUUAUACCUAGUAGGCCAAGUGCUGAUGAAUUUAAUAAAAGUAUACAAUUACAAGAUCCUACACUAAGUUGACAAAUUGAAAGUGCAUUACAUAUUAAGUUGGCCAGGUA